GCAGAGGAGGCUGUGCGUUCGUUUGGGCGCGCCCUGGGCGGGGAGGUGCCUCCCGGCGAGCCCUGAUAGCUGGGCGGGGAGGGGCCGGGCUUUGCCUGAGUCCUGGGAGAGCGGCGCUGGGACCGCUGAAGGGCUCCUGCCAUCUCGGGGCCUGGGAUUCCAGGACCUCUGGUUCCGUUGAAUGUCAGGGACUGGAGAGGCCUGGACGAUCCUGUCCACUCCCCUCCCCUCCCCUCCCCCUUAACCACAGGCCGGGGAAAUGGACGCCAGGGGAGCGGGAAAUCCAGUUAUCACAGUUGGCUCUGGAAAGUGAACCUAACAGACCAGUAACAAUGGAAGAAAUUGAGAAGGUCUUUGAAAAGCUACCAUCCCCCAAAACACCGGGCCCAGAUGGUGUUUCAGGUUAAAAAAGUCCUUUGUGACGGAGAAAGAUCUUAAGCAACAUGAUGGAUUCAGAAGCUCAUGAAAAGAGGCCCCCAAUCCUAACAUCUUCAAAGCAAGAUAUAGCACCUCAUAUCGCAAGUGUCAGUGAGAUGAAGCAUUACCUGUGCGGCUGCUGUGCGGCCUUCAACAACAUCGCGAUCACAUUUCCCAUCCAGAAGGUCCUCUUUCGCCAACAGCUGUAUGGAAUCAAAACCCGGGAUGCCGUACUGCAGUUGAGGAGGGACGGGUUUCGAAACUUGUAUCGCGGAAUCCUCCCCCCAUUAAUGCAGAAGACCACCACACUGGCACUUAUGUUUGGUCUGUAUGAGGAUUUAUCUUGCCUUCUCCGUAAGCAUAUCAGUUCCCCAGAGUUUGCAACCCGCAGCAUGGCCGCAGUCCUUGCAGGGACAACAGAAGCAAUUUUCACUCCACUGGAAAGAGUCCAAACAUUGCUUCAGGACCACAGGCAUCAUGACAAAUUUACAAACACGUACCAGGCUUUCAAGGCACUGAAAUGCCAUGGAAUUCGAGAGUAUUAUCGAGGCUUGGUGCCCGUUCUCUUCCGUAACGGAUUUAGCAACGUGCUUUUCUUUGGCCUGCGCGGUCCCAUAAAGGAGCACCUGCCUACAGCCACGACUCACAGUGCUCACUUGGUCAAUGAUUUUAUCUGUGGAGGCCUGCUGGGCGCCAUGUUGGGAAUCUUGUUUUUUCCAGUCAAUGUUGUAAAGACGCGCAUGCAGUCUCAGAUUGGCGGGGAGUUUCAGUCUUUCCCCAAGGUUUUCCAAAAAAUCUGGCUAGAACGGGACAGGAAGCUAACAAAUCUUUUCCGAGGUGCCCAUCUGAAUUACCACCGAUCCCUCAUCUCUUGGGGCAUAAUUAAUGCGACUUACGAGUUCUUGUUAAAGAUUAUAUGAAGGAAAUUGGUUCAGUGCCAUUUGUCGACUGAAUAGACCUAAGAUGGAUGCAAGUUGGCCUUGUUUCUAAUGGGCCAAAUACAAAUUGGUGUCAUAAGUCCAGGGCACAGUGAAUUCUGGGCAAAGCUAUUUUCCUUAAGCCCCAACAAAUUCAGAAUAAAAGGUUUCAGUUGGAAAAUUUAAAGGUUUUUUUUGAGUGGGGUGGGAUUUUUUUUAAAUCAUUAUCUGAGACCUUUAGGCCAGUUGCCUUGUUACUAGCUGUCUCUCUGAUAGCUUUUUGACAAGGAAACAAACAGCCAAGGUGUGAUUCUUUUUUCCAGAAGUCUUCUGUACUGAAACAUAAGUGGCCAUGACCAGCCAGAGAAAAGGCUUUUAGGGUCCCAUGAAUUCUCAGGCUUCCUUCUGUUACUCUAUUUCUUGCUUCUCUGCUCUUAGAGGGAGUUGCAAAGGGUAGGUUUUGUGAACUUAAGCAUGUACAUGGUAGAACAAUGGAGCAGAAGAGAGAAGAAAAAUAGUUUAUUAUGUGUAGGCUUUUCAUGAUAAAUUGCUUGUAUUUGUUUUGAAACUAAGCACUUCUUGUGAUGGUCAUUUUCUGAGUUAUUUGUAUAGACAUGGUAGAAUCAAGCAUUUAAGGUUUGCUUUCUAGGAUUGAAAGUUUUCUGUGUAGUUCUGAACUUGACCUUAAACCUUUCCAAAAUAUUUUUAUAUUUCACUUAUUUCAUUGCCAAAAGAUCUGGAGACUUAAAUUUUGUUAAUUUUGUUUCAUCCCAUUAAGUUUCAUAUUACAGGUAUCCCCACUUUUCCAGAGCUUCCUUUAUGCCACUUUGCUUUUACAUAAGACCUACAUUAGUACCUGUUUCCACUAACCAAAAGAAAUCUGAAGAUGAUUUUUGCUUUUACAAAAAGUAAUUGCUUCUUCACUCUGUGCCAUUUCGGCUUACGAAAGGUUCCGUGGGAAUGCAGGGGAAACCUGUAAUUGUAUUUCAGAUCUAGCUCUGUUUAGCUCAAGUUUGAAUCGUUUUUGCCAACUUAGUGAAGAACUUUGAAGUUUGUUUUUCUUUCUUCCUUUGAGUAUUAGUUUGUCAUUUUCAGGUAUCCUAUUCUCUUGAAACUCCCUUUAAAAAACAACAAAAGUGCUUCCAUUGUAUUUUGGAAGUCUGUUAAUUGGACCUCUGAUUUUUUUUUUUUUUUUUUUUCCUGGUUUCUAAGUGUUCCCGAGAAGGAGGGGAAAAAACUCAGGAUAACUUUCACCCACAGUGUUAAGCUGUCUUUUUAAAUUUUAGUCUUGGAAAUAGAAACUUCUGUUAGGAUCUUUACAUUUUGGGAACCCAGUUUUACCAUCUUAUCAUUUAAAUAGUAAGACAGUUUGAGAGGAUAAGGCCUAAAUAAAGAUAUGUGAAAUAUUAGUUUUAAAUUCUAGAAGUUGGUGAUAGCUGAGUAGCAUAGUUAUCCGUCACCUAACAGACAAAUUUGCUUGUCAAAGGAAUCAGAUUUUAAAAUAUUUUUUUAAAAUAAAAAAGCAAAGUUGGUUCAUUCAGUUGGUAUUGAAUAACUAGUAAAACAUACCAGAUAUCCUAGAUAAAUGUUUUAUCAGCUUUUAAAAAAUCCACAUGUGUAACUAUUAUGUAGUUAAGAUGGCUUUCUAGCAUUUGACAUGGGGCAGGGCACCUAGCUUUUAUUAGUCUUUCAUCGUUCUGGAUGAUUGCAUGUGAACAUGUGCACAUGCUGACCAAAAUCAAACCAGGGCCUCAAAUGGUAGUUUACUCAGUUCCUGGACAGGCAGUCCAAAAAAGAUGUUUACGUCUCAGUGCGGGACGGCUGGCCAGGCGACAGGACCAUCAUCCUUCCCGCUGUGAGGGGUCAGGGGGUCGUCACGUGUUUGCCAGGUGGUGAUGAAGCUCACCAGCUCUGCAGAGGCUCUUUGGUAAUGCUGUGCUGGAAAUGGCAGUUCAUUCUAGAAACCGAGGUGCAGGUGCAAGCGUUUGAGAAAAUAAGGAUUUAACGCCAGGUAAAUACGAGUGGCAUCUUUUGGCCUGUGGAGCAGAGUCAGGAUUUGAACCGGUUUCAGGGAUGGGCAGCAGAGGCCCUGCGGUGCCUGGACCUCUGGUUCUCUGGUGUGUCCUGCGCUCACGGGCGUGUCUGGGUGCUCGGGCGUGUGCGGGUGAGUCAGCCUGCGGUCACGCCCUGGCCCUGCAGGGGGGCUCCAGUUCACUCAGUUCUACAGGGCUUCCUUUUGCCUAUACACUCCAUGUAGGUGAUAGAAAUCUAAACUCUAAAGCACUUUUGUGAAAUAGAAACAAAGUGAGAAUUGGAAGGCUGCUUUGGUUUCUGCUAUCUCAAACAUGUGGCAUUUAAAAACAAUAAAUCUUUUUUAAUGGUUUUAACUCACUUUAUUGAUUUCUUUGUCACUUUUUACAGCUUUUGAAGACCAAACUGCAAAUACAUUACCAGGGAUGGUUUUGUGUUGUCCUAUAGUUUCUUAAAUUUGACAGAAAACUCAACAGAACUUGUGGUAGCCAACAGCUUUGUCUGAAAUUUAAAAGAAGUAAAAAUGUGUUAUUAGUAAGAGAUUCUAACUAUUGUUUUUACCUUUAGUGUCAACUAGUAUGGUAAUGAUUUUGAAAAGGCAUAUAAUGAUCGAAUAACUUUAUCUGAAAAGCUUUAAAAGUGGCCUUUCUGUUAUACAUGUGGUGCAGACGGCUCCGAGCAGAGGGCAGUUUGGGUCUUGCCUCCUAUACUUCAUUCUGAUGCCACCAAAAAUACGGGAUAGAUUCUAUACUUAACACCCUUAGCGUGGUGUGAACCCUCAGGACGCACUACAGAGUAAACACAGCCUCUGUGUGGUGGCGAGUGUGUCUUUUGUUUCUUUUGUAGUUGGAGAUAGUCGGUGCUUUUGUCUCAAUAGUCAAUAUUACAUAUAAUCACCUGCUGUAUAUUGUGAACUGUGCAAUGAAACAGAACUGUGUAUAUAUAAACAGCUUUGAAGACCUGAAGUUCCCUAGCUGAGAACGUGGUGAGACUUAGUUAUAACUAAGGCCAUACAGACCUUAAGACGACGACGACAGUGGUCCUGGAGGCCUUCACGGUAAGCCAGUCAGACUGACCAAGACUAUUCAGUGUAGAUGAAGUACUGUCGUGUGAGGGGUAUGCAGUCAAGAUGAAGGCGCAGUGGCGAUCACAUUUAAAGAAAGGGUAAGCACUCAGACUUGAUGCUUUGAAAAUAAUCUGUUUUCUCGUGUGCUAAUAAAUGAGUAUCAAAGACUUGAAUAGGCAUUCUCUUUAAAUUUGAGGAUUUUUAGUUUUUAAUGCUGCCUUUUUGCCUAUUACUGAAUAUAUGCUUGCCUAAAUGGCUCCGAUUGUGGGGGAGUCUCUAUAUGUUUCCUUUUUUAAAGUUUCAUUAUUAAAAGUGGUUAAGCACACACAGCUGGUUUUGUUUGAUAUUUUGAGUUUUGUGACUAUAUGCCUUUAAAUGAAAUCUGUUAAAUGUUUGAGUUAAUGUGCUUCUUUUGGUAUUUCUGUUUGGAAUAAAGUUUUUUGUUUUUCUUUUUUAAA